AUGACUACACGUUGGAGUCUUGACAAGUUCCCAACCUUCCCGUUGAUCCAGACCGGAAGGCACAAGUCAAACGCGGUGAUUGCGAAUGGCUCCUCCCCGCCAGUAGACGACACCAGCGGCGCCCUUCAAGCCACCACCACCUCCUCCGCCGCCGCCGCCGAACCAUUAAGCCCACUCCGAUGUUUUCGGGAAGAUUGUGGAAGCUAUUUCUCGGAUGAUGGUUUAUACAGAGAACACACCAAGGUUUGCCGUACCCCAACCAGACGCUACCACUGCGCUUUCACCAAAUGCGCCGAGAAAUUCGCCGCCUCCAGCAUCGACGCCUUUAUCCGGCACCAAGCGACGCACCGGAUCUGGUACUGCGAAGUAGAGGUUUGCGCCUUCAGGAAACGUGAGAAAGCUCUGAAGCAUGUUAUAAAGCACCACAAGUCGGAAGAAUCAUUGAAGAUGACCUGGCUCCCGGUGCCACCGAAGAAUUUGAAGAAGGAUGUAAGGCCCUGCCUGAAUAUGGGUGUGAAUCUUGACCUCGGCGACUUCUUGACCCAGAUUUCCGGUGGAGGGACGUUAGGCAGGCAGGCGAGUGCGCUGCUGAGUCCCCGUGAUAAUGGAGGCGUGGAUAUCAAUGGUGUUGGAGAGUCGCUGCAAACAGCGGUGUUGGCACAUGUGCUUGGGCAAUUGAACAUGCUAGGGGAUCUGCUGGAGCAUCAAUCGCUCUCACCUAGUGCUGCUGAACACGCCCAGAUAGUGCAAUCUCUUGAUAGGAUACGUGAUAGAUUGGGCGCCAGAGAGCAAAGGAACGGAUUCUGGCUCGGUUGGAAUGCAGGGUUUGGAUUUCAAGCCGGUCCCGAAUCGACUUCUUCUUCUUCUCGAGGCAUCAACAGUCCGGGGAUUCGACACGAGAUUGGGACAAUCUCGGUGGACCGUAGCGUUCCGGCUGCCCCCCAGAUGUCCCCAACCAGUGAGAUUGUGGUAGGACGGGAGUUUCUUCCAAACAUUGAAAGCGAGUCCGAGGAUGAUUCCGAUGGAGAUAUCGAGGCAGAAUCGAGUGCCGCGCCGACAAAGGAACCCCAACAAGAGGCGCACCUCGAAAAGGACCAGCAAAUCAAGUAUUUCGAGCACCUACAGAAGUGUUGUAUUGAGGCCGCGUUCACGUUUUACAAACUGCACAAGUCACACCUCGAUACCAUCAAUGAUAGGAGUUCAAAGCCGCUCUGUAUAACUGCCAAACGCGAGGAAAUUACAAGCCCCACCGACCUCAGUCUACCGCACUGGACACACCUUCUUCGGCGAAUUAGCGAUGCCCGAGGGUUGCAGAGGGACAUGGUGUCGAGGAUCGAGUCUUUUAAUGGUGAUAUCUCACCUGUGGAUGAGAUACAGCAUGCAUUCAAGAAAGAGAAAGUAAAGUCAGACAGAGAUCUUUUGGCGUUGAUUCAAUUGACGAGGAAUUUUUGCUGGCAAUUGAAGGACUGGGAGAGAUGUAAGCUGUUGGACGAUCUCUAUGGAAUAGUCGAGAAGGAUAUCAAAGACUUAAAGUCUAUCAAGAGGAAGAGCUCACAGAGAGAAGCAAGGCCACAAAGGCCAGGGCUGUAUAAUCCAAUGAGGUCAUCACAAAACAACGACGGAAUACGGAACGGCCAUAGACCAUCCGCAACAUGGCCACGGCUUCCGCCAGGUGAAGAGGUUGAAGCGUAA